AUGCCCCAGGGCUUUGCGGGAGAUACCCCUGUUCCGACAACCAGCGAAGAGUGGAAAGACCGCGGAGCUGCCGUCAGCGUACGCCGGGAGCUCGACAAGAGCGGCCGUCCUGUCGUUCGGCAGGUCAAAAAAGGAGUUCGAGAUUUUUCCUUUGGCCGAAUUCUUGGGGAGGGCUCAUACAGUACCGUAUAUUUCGCAACCGACCGCCAAACACUCAAAGAAUACGCCAUCAAGGUUUUGGAAAAGAGACACAUCAUCAAGGAGAAGAAGAUCAAGUAUGUUAAUAUCGAAAAGAACACAUUAAACCGCCUAACAGAGCAUCCGGGCAUUGUCCGUCUCUACUACACGUUUCAAGACGAGACAUCGCUCUACUAUGUGCUCGAUUUAUGCAACGGCGGCGAGCUGCUAGGCGUGCUGAAGAGAACCGGCACCUUUGAUGUCGAAUGCACACGAUACUACGGGGCUCAGAUCCUCGACGCAAUAGACUACAUGCACUCCCGAGGCGUUAUACAUCGAGACUUGAAGCCAGAGAACGUGCUGCUUGACCACCAAAUGCACGUCAAGAUCACAGAUUUCGGCACUGCUAGGCUUCUUCCCGACCCUCGAACCGCUCAGGAUACAAAAGCCGAUGGGGGCGACGGGCUGGAUUCGGAUAGUCGGAACGGCGAUGAUGGCCGCGCCGCUUCUUUCGUCGGAACGGCCGAGUAUGUAAGCCCUGAAUUGCUCACGCACAAGAAUGCUUGCAAGGCUAGUGACCUGUGGGCUUUUGGUUGUAUCAUCUACCAGUUACUGGCUGGGCGGCCGCCUUUCAAGGCUGGAAGCGAAUACUUGACUUUCCAGAAGAUUGUCAAUCUAGAAUAUGAGUUUCCGCAGGGGUUUCCUCCUCUGGCACGAGACUUGGUCGAGCGAUUGCUCGUGCUUGACCCUGCUAGGAGACUGACUAUAGAGCACAUCAAGAACCAUGAGUUCUUCAGUGGCCAGCAGUUUGGGAGAUUUCUAUGGAGGUCCAAGGCUCCACGACUGAGGCCCUACGUCCCUCCAACCCCAGAGCCAAACAUCAUCCAACUCAACAACUUCUCGGCAAACGCUGGCUCAAAUACUCGAGCGCAGCCAUCAAACAAUACGCCCGGUGGUACAUCAAAUGGUAAUAGCCGACCUGCCCGUAUCAUUACAGAAUUACCACCCCCGACACAGCUAGACAUUGAAUGGUCACCUGUGCUUACAAAAUCGAACGAACGGAUUUUGAAGCUUGGGGAUUUGAUGGUGGUUUCUACGCCAAUACCCAACGGAUCUCAUGGCAAAGGAUCCGAUGAGGGUCAUAGGAAAUUAGCUCGGUUCUUUGGCGGAAGUACAACAAAGAAACGACAGAGACUUGUAAUGGUCACGUCAAGCGGCCGCAUUUUACUAGCUCCAGCCGGAGGUGAAGAAAAGAGAGCAAAGCAGGAGCUGUCACUUUUGGCUCCUGACACCACGUGGAAAACCCAUCAAGAUGCUAAAGGCCAGCAUGUAUGGUGUCUCGAUACGGGUGGUCAACAUUUUACCUUUGAGGAAACCAAAUCAUCAUCCAACUCAACAGGCGAUCUAGCGUUUGCUGAGGAGUGGAUCGAAAGCCUAGAGAGAGCCAGGGACAUGGCACUGUCCCAGACUUUAACAGCCGAUAACUCAUUUGGCGAGAUAUCCUCAACAGUGUCGACGCCCUCCAGCACUUUAGUCGGCAGAGGGAAUGGCUCUGACGGCUUCUCAACCAGCGAUCGAUCUGCACGUGGGCAUUUGACCAAAGGCCAGGCGAGCAUCGAGGAUCCCACGCCGGCAAAAAGAAAUCGUUUCAGCAAGAGGCAAUCGCGCAAUGGUUUGGGACCUGCAUUUUAAGUACACGCAAAGGAUGCUAGGGAAAGCUAACCCCAAUAGAAGAGUUGUCGAUUUCUUGAGCAAUCACUUCACUUUGGGCAUUCUGACUUGGGUAUAGUUUUAUCAUGCUAUACUG